AUGGCAGCGUCUGUGUUGGGCCUGUGGCUGGCGUGGGCGCUGCUAGGGGUGGCCCAGGGCUGCACCGAGCCCUGCGCCUGCGUGGACAAGUACGCGCACCAGUUCGCCGACUGUGCAUACAAAGACCUGCAGGAGGUACCGUCAGGGCUCCCUGCCAACGUGACCACGCUUAGCUUGUCUGCCAACAAGAUCACCUUGUUGCGCCAGGGCGCCUUCGCCGAGGUCACGCAGGUCACUUCUCUAUGGCUGGCGCACAACGAGAUCAGUGCCAUCGAGCCGGGUGCCCUAGCGGUCCUGGUCCAGCUUAAGAACCUGGACAUCAGCCACAACCAGAUCGUUGACUUCCCCUGGGCUGACCUGCGCAACUUAAGUGCCCUGCAGCUGCUCAAGAUGAACAAUAACCGCAUGGCGGCGCUGCCGGCCGACGCCUUCCGCAAUCUGCGCGACCUGCGCUCUCUGCGCAUCAACAACAACCACUUCAGCUUCAUAGCGGAGGGUACCUUCGACGCGCUCACGUCGCUGUCCCACCUGCAAAUCUACAACAAUCCCUUCGAUUGCACUUGCCGCCUUCUGUGGCUCAAGGCAUGGGCGGAGAACACCCUCAUUUCCAUCCCGGAGAGAGAGUCCAUCACGUGUGCCUCGCCCCCAGCCCUCAAGGGGGUCCCCCUGGGAAGCCUCCCAGCUCUGCAGUGCGCACCGCCCACAGUGCGCCUUAGUUACCAGCCCAACGUGGAUGGAGGCGAGUUCCAGGAUGGCCUGGCCCUGGCCCUGCACUGCGUCGUCACUGGUCACCCCCAGCCACAGAUCCAGUGGCUGAUCGAAACAGCGGGAGGUGCAUUGCUCAUCGAGCGACCCAACGCCAGCGAGGCCGGGGAAGAGACGCCUUCGAUCUCUCCACAGCGCUUCUUAGCCUUCUCCAAUGGCACCUUACUUAUCCCGCACCUGAGCAAGAAGGAAGAGGGCACCUAUACGUGCCGGGCAGACAACGAGCUGGGCAGCAACGAGACAUCGGUGAGCGUGGUCGUAGCCGGGCCGCAGAAAUACCCCCCGACCUCUCCCAGAGAACUCCCGGGCCUGGGGAGCAAAGGCUCAGGAGGAGAUCGCAAAGCUUCUGGAAAAGGAUACGGUAAUAGCGUCUUGACUUCCAAGGGUGAGGAGAGGACCAAAGGCCGGGGCGCCUGGGGAGGACAGGGCAGGGUGUCCGCUGCCCGGACCCCAGGGGUUCCUGAGGAUGCGGAGGUGGAGGCGGAAGCAGAAGAGGAGGACCCCUUUCGACCACCUCCAUUUGAGAGACGCUGCGGGCAGGGGGACCCUACAAUGUACGUGUCCAACCACGCCUUUAACCAGAGCGCUGACCUGAAACCCCAUGCCUUCGACCUGGGUGUAAUUGCCCUGGACGUGGCUGAGCGUGAGGCCAAGGUACAACUGACCCCGUUCGCUUCCAGGCCAGAAAAACGGCACUUGCGCAUGCUCUAUUUGUGUGCGGAGGGUGGCCACGCAGUAGUGCAGUGGUCCCGGAUCGAGGAGGGCGUCAAUUCCUACUGGUUCCAAGGCCUGAAUCCCGGCACCAACUAUUCGGUGUGCCUCACUUACGUAGGCGAGGCCUGUCAGGUGCAAGUCGUGUUCACCACCAAGAAAGAAGUGCCCUCUCUAGUCAUAAUCGUCGUAGUCAGCGUCUUCCUCCUGGCACUGGCCACCGUGCCCCUGCUGGGGGCCACGUGCUGUCAUCUUCUCUCCAAGUACCAGGGCAAGACCUACAGGCUUAUCAUGAAGGCGCAGAACCCUGACCAGAUGGAGAAGCACAUCGCCGCCGACUUCGACCCCCGCGCUUCCUACCUGGAGUCCGAGAAGAAUUACAGUCCCACAGACUCUGGUCCCGGGGUGGGAGAGGGUACUGGGCCUGGGAGCAGGGUUGGGACAGGGAUUGGGGAAGAGGAGGAGGAGGACCAGGAGGAGGAGGAGGUGGGCGUAGGACUGGAAAGGGAUGAGAGUCUAGUGGCCGGCUCCCUUCCGGAGUCCCAAUCCAAGGCCAACCAGGAGGAAUUUGAGGCAAGUUCAGAGUACAGCGACCGGUUGCCUCUGGGGGCUGAGGCGGUUGAUAUCGCCCAGGAAAUUAAUGGGAACUAUAGACAGACAGAACGCUGA